AUGAGUUUCCUCAAAGGCAUCAAGGACACCGUCUCGUCUGCGGCUGGUCAGAUUGGUGACGUUUUGGAACAAGCCGAGCAUAAAGCAGAAGAAAGUGCCAAAUGGGUAGCGGACAGUGCCAAAGGUGCCUAUGAUGCCACCGCUGAAAAAACUGCCGAGAGUGCUUCUUGGAUGGCCGACACAGCUAAGGGAGCUUACGAUACUACCACAGGAAAAGUUUCAGAGGCUGCGCAUGUUGUUGGUGAGAAGACUACUGACACAGCGCAUACUAUUGGUGGAGUGUUGGGUGGGACGAAAGAAGCCGCCGGUGAUGCGGUGGAGUCAGCCAAAGAUCACACCGCUCAAGCUGCAAAAGCUGUUAGUGAUUUCAUAUUUGGCGAGAAGAAAGAAGCCGAUCAUGCAGCCAAGCAGGUCGAGGAGCACCUUGAGAGAGCUAAGGCUGACGCAUACGACGAUUUCAAGCAUGGGUCGUACGAGGCCGACAAAGCUAUCAGUGAGGGCAAGGUUAGU